AUGUUUGGGCCGCCCGCCGCUCCGGGCCCUGCGCCCCCUCGGAUCUCCCCACACCCGACGCCUCUAGGGCUGGGGUGGGCUAAAGGGAGGGAGAGCCCCAAGCAGCUGCCGGUCUGGCCGGAUGCCCGCUGCGCCGGCUGGGCGCCCGCUGCGCCGGCUCCGGGUGGGAUUACUCUGUUUGCGAUGAUUACUUUAAUUAUGGACGCUUUCAAAAUUGGAUACUUCGUGGGAUAUUCAGAUUGCUUAUCGAUUGCAGAAGGCAUUUUCCCAGUGACGCAUGCAGUGCACACGCUUGUGCAGGUGUAUUUCUUAUGGUGCCAUGCAAAGGACAUCAUUCAGUCUUUCAAAACACUGGAGAGGUUUGGAGUGAUCCAUUCAGUGUUCACAAAUUUGCUUCUGUGGACAAAUGCCGUCUUAGCAGAAUCCAAGCAUCAACUCAAUGAGCACAAGGAGAGACUCAUUACUCUUGGGUUUGGAAACAUCUCCAUAGAGUUGGAUGACCAUGCUCCGCAGUGUAAUUGUACCAUUCCGUCUCUCUGCUCCAUAUUUUCUCAAGGGAUAUACUACUUGUACCCUUUCAACAUAGAGUAUCACAUCUUAGCAUCCACAGUGCUCUAUGUGCUCUGGAAGAACAUUGGGCGCAACAUCGAGCACCUUCAGCAUCACAAGAUACCCUUCAGGUUUCAAGGCAAAACGUUCGGCACCAUUGUGGGAAUGGUUGUGUUUGCCACCACCAUCGCCGUCGUGGUGGUGUACUUGAUUCAGAUCGGGCGUUCCAAGCUAAAGAGUGAAAUUGCACUCAUGAUGUUUUACUUGUAUGCCAUCAUCGUACUGACCCUGAUGUGUGCGGCUGGGAUUGUCGCUCUGCUGAUCUACAGACUUGAAGGCAGGUCACUGGAUGUUUCCAAAAACCCAGCCAGGAAACUUGACGGGGACCUUCUGGUUGGAACGGCUUCGGGAUCCUGGCUCCUUUCGUGGGGCUCCAUCCUGGCAAUUAUCUGUGCCGAAACCCACCCUGCCUAUGCGUGGUACAACCUGCCUUAUUCCAUACUCGUUAUCGUUGAGAAAUAUGUCCAGAACCUCUUUAUAAUCGAAUCAAUACAUCGUGAGCACGAUAAGGGUCACGAUGACAUCAAAACUCUUCGGAUACUCACCGUGUCCAACGGGAGCACGCUUUCUCCUGCACCGUCUUACAAAGAAAUCUAUAAUGGGACCAACGGCAUCCAGAGUGGAGAGUUGUCCUGCAAGUCCAACGGCAGUGUUUCCCUGCCUGAGAGCAACGGCCCGGGUGUGGCGGAUGAAGGGAAGGGCAACGCCAGCAGAGCUUUCCCCCCUGCUCCAUCCGAUUCCCCACACUAUGGGAGAAACUUCCCCCUCAACAAGCGGCGCAUCCUGAAGAACGUCGCAGCUUUCCUGUUCCUGUGCAAUCUGUCGCUUUGGAUUCCAGCCGCUUUUGGCUGCCGGCCAGAGUACGAUAACGGACUGGAAGAGAUGGUGUUUGGAUUUGAGCCUUGGAUCAUCAUUGUGAACCUUGCCAUGCCCUUUUCCAUUUUUUACCGGAUGCAUUCGGCUGCCUCGCUCUUUGAGGUCAGUUGCAUAACGUGA